AUGGACACGGUUGUUCCGAAAGCUCUGAAGAGGGGAGACCAGAUCGCGUUUAUCUCGCCCUCCGCACGCCUCAAUGACAUCUUACCCACUCCCCUCGCGCGAGGGAAAGCCUAUCUGGAGUCUCUAGGCUUCCGUGUGCAGAUUAUUUUCUCUAGCCAAGCAACAGCCACUAUCGCAGAAUCUAUUCGCGUUCGAUGUGAGGAGAUCCAUGCUGCUUUCCGGGAUAACACGAUUGCCGCCAUUAUUUGCACGAUUGGCGGCUCGCAUGCUAAUGAACUGCUGCCUUUCCUCGAUUAUUCCCUGAUUCGAUCAAAUCCUAAGAUAUUCGUCGGCUACAGUGACACCACCUUCCUGCAUUAUGCGAUUCAAUCUCGGACCGGCUUGCGCACAUUCUACGGACCUAGUGUUCUAACGGAUUUUUCGGAUUUUCCUAAGCCCAUGCAAUUCACAAUUGACCACUUCCUUCGUAUGCUGACUGACCCGGGAAUGUCGGUGGGUACAUUUCCUCGAUCACCGAUCUGCUCGAAAGAGCAUAGCGACUUCUUGUGUGGCAAAGAGAUGCUCGAUAAACCGCGCGAAAUUGUUGAUGCACCAUCGUGGAGAUGGCUUCGGAGAGGUCAAGCCACUGGACAUUUAUAUGGGGGCACUGUACCUUGUGUCGUGCGACUUCAGGGAACUCAUUACGCCCCUGCCUCGUGGAAAAACAAAAUUCUCUUUCUUGAGUCUGCGAUGGGCGACAACAUGCAACUACCGUAUUCUGUGUCCCAGUUCCGGAAGAACCUUGUUGAUCUUGCUCUGUCUGGGAUAUUGCAUGAAAUUUGCGGACUGGUUGUUGGGCGAGGCUACAAGUAUGAUGCCCAGAUGCAGGAUGAGCUUGCAAGCGUGGUCGAGGAAGUUUUUGAUGUAAUUGUUGGUCGAGGUCGUGAGGAGCAGCUGCCGAUUUUGAUGAACGUGGACUUUGGCCACACGAGUCCAUUCCUGACUUUGCCCAUCAACGCGCUCGUCAGAUUGGAUGGUGAUCUCGAUGAGUUUAGCGUGCUGGAACCUGGAGUGCGGGCCUGA